AGCAACCAUGGCCACACCCCUGGGCCUGGAACCUUAAAGGGGGACGGAGCUGUUCAGGGAGUCUCAGCUGAGAGCCUGCAAGAGAAGCUCCUGUGAAGAGAGAAGAAGGCAAAGGGGAGAGAAGCAGGAAUUGAGAGAGACUGAAGAAAGGAUGAAUCUGAUGAGGAGAGAGCUUUUGUGUGUACUGCUGCUCUGUGGAGCGAUCCUCACCGUGUUCAGCCAGGAAAUCCUCACCCGAUCCCGAAGAGGUGCUAGAUCCUUCAGAGGGACCUGCAAAGAUGAGAAAACACAGAGGAUUUACCAGCAGCGUGAAUCAUGGCUGCGUCCCGUGCUCAGGGGCAACCGGGUGGAAUACUGCUGGUGCAACAGUGGCAGAUCACAGUGCCACUCAGUGCCCGUCAGAGGUUGCAGCCAGCCGAGGUGUUUCAAUGGGGGCACGUGCUGGCAGGCUCUGUACUUCUCAGACUUUGUGUGCCAGUGCCCUGAAGGCUUUAUGGGGAAGAGCUGUGAAAUAGAUGCCAGAGCCACAUGCUACAAGGGCCAGGGCAUCAACUACAGGGGCACAUGGAGUACGGCGGAAAGUGGGACCGAGUGCAUCAACUGGAACAGCAGUGCGCUGGCUCUGAAGCCCUACAGCGGGCGGAGGCCGGGAGCCAUCAAACUGGGCCUUGGGAAUCACAACUACUGCAGAAAUCCCGACCGAGACUCGAAACCCUGGUGUUAUGUCUUUAAGGCGGGGAAGUAUAUUGCAGAGUUCUGCAGCACACCACUCUGUUCCGGGGGAAUGAGUGAGGACUGUUACGAUGGAAAAGGGUUGGCCUACCGUGGCACCCACAGCCGCACCACAUCCGGGGCCUCUUGCCUCCCAUGGAAUUCCAUGAUCUUGAUAGGCAAGAGUUAUACAGCAUGGAAGAGCAACUCACAGGCCCUGGAUCUGGGCAAACAUAACUACUGCCGGAAUCCGGAUGGAGAUGUGAAGCCCUGGUGUCACGUGCUGAAGGACCGGAAGCUGACGUGGGAAUACUGCGACCUGCCCCAGUGCUCCACCUGUGGCCUGAGACAGUACAAGCAGCCUCAGUUCCGCAUUGCAGGAGGGCUCUUCACCGACAUCUCCUCGCACCCGUGGCAGGCUGCUCUCUUUGUCAAGAACAGGAGGUCCCCGGGAGAGCGGUUCCUGUGUGGAGGUGUGCUGAUCAACUCCUGCUGGGUCCUGUCUGCUGCCCACUGCUUUCUGGAGAGGUUUCCUUAUCAGGACCUUACAGUGAUCUUGGGCAGAACAUAUCGGCUGGUGCCUGGAGAAGAGGAGCAAAGAUUUGAAGUAGAAAAAUACAUCGUCCACAAAAAGUUUGAUGAUGACACUUACGACAAUGACAUUGCGCUGCUGCAGCUCAAGCCCAGCGCCGGGCAGUGCGCCCAGGAGAGCAGCUCCGUGCGCCCCAUCUGCCUCCCAGAGCCCAACCUUCAGCUGCCCGACUGGACCGAGUGCGAGCUGUCCGGCUACGGCAAGCACGAGGAGUCUUCUCCUUUCUACUCCGAGCGGCUGAAGGAGGCUCAUGUCAGACUGUACCCACCCAGCCGCUGCACAUCACAACAUUUGUUCAAUAGAACUGUCACCGUCAACAUGUUGUGUGCAGGUGACACUCGGAGUGGGGGAAGCCAGGCAAUGCUGCACGACGCCUGCCAGGGUGACUCAGGCGGCCCCCUGGUGUGUGAGAAGGAUAAGCGCAUGACCUUGGUGGGCAUCAUCAGCUGGGGCCUUGGCUGUGGGCAGAAAGACAUCCCUGGGGUGUACACCAGGGUCACUCGUUACCUUGACUGGAUCCACGAUAACAUUGAGCCAUGACUAAGAAGAUCUAGCUCCCUGGAACCCGAGAUCUUGCCACCACCCUCUUCAGGAGCCACUGUGCAAGGAUGGAGUGCUUCUCCAAGCCAAUUUCCCCACAAACCACUGCACACUAGCAGGGGAGGAGCCAGAGGCUUCCAUUUUGGAAGCUUUCAGGGAUGAAGGUCUGAUUUCAGGAUAUAUUCUGUCAGAUGAGAAGACAUCAAAAAAUGCCCACCCCUUUUAGAAGCCCAUUGUCUAGAGCCAAGGGCCUACUCUCUUAAUCACUUGUAAUAAGCUUUGGAAAGGGGAUUACAAAAACUAAAGCACAUCUCUGAUAAAAAUAGUUCUGGAAGGAAAAGCUGUAAUAAGUUGUGUGUUUAUAGUCACAAGGGAAAUGGACAGAGCUCCAAAUAAGAGCUGAACUGGCUGGCCAGAUCCUGUUCCCAAAGCAAGUAUCCUUGCAAUCAAGUAUUCUUCCAGCUUUCCACUCCACCACUCAGGUGGUAUUCUUUGGGUGUACAGUGUAAAUCAUUUUUCUUUAUAAACUUUAGAGUUGGAUGGGAGUAUAUACUAUAUUUAAAUAAUAAAUUCAAAUGUAUUUUUCA